AUGGCGUCGCCGGCGCUAAUCUGCGACACGGAGCAGUGGAAGGCCCUCCAGGCGCACGUCGGCGCGAUUCAGAAGACGCACCUGCGGGACCUGAUGGCCGACGCCGACCGAUGCAAGGCAAUGACAGCUGAGUAUGAAGGGAUCUUUCUGGAUUACUCGAGGCAGCAGGCGACUGGUGAAACCAUCGACAAGCUGCUUAAAUUGGCUGAGGUUGCGAAGCUCAAGGAGAAGAUUGAGAAGAUGUUUAAAGGUGAAAAGAUAAAUAGCACAGAGAACAGGUCGGUGCUUCAUGUAGCUCUGAGGGCUCCAAGAGAUGCUGUUAUAAACAGUGAUGGGGUCAAUGUGGUACCUGAGGUUUGGUCUGUUAAAGAUAAAAUCAAGGAGUUUUCAGACACUUUCAGAAGUGGAUCAUGGGUUGGAGCAACUGGAAAACCAUUGACGAAUGUUGUGUCAGUUGGAAUAGGUGGUAGCUUUCUUGGCCCUCUAUUUGUGCAUACUGCGCUCCAGACUGAUCCAGAAGCAGCAGAAUGUGCGAAAGGCCGACAACUGAGAUUCCUUGCAAAUGUUGAUCCAGUUGACGUUGCACGGAGCAUUAAAGAUUUAGAUCCAGAAACCACUCUGGUGGUGGUUGUAUCAAAGACAUUCACAACAGCUGAAACAAUGUUAAAUGCUCGAACUCUUAAGGAGUGGAUCGUUUCUUCUCUUGGGCCACAGGCUGUUGCAAAACAUAUGAUUGCUGUCAGUACUAAUCUUAAGCUUGUGAAGGAGUUUGGAAUUGACCCAAACAAUGCUUUUGCCUUUUGGGACUGGGUUGGCGGUCGUUACAGUGUUUGCAGUGCUGUUGGUGUUCUGCCGUUAUCUCUUCAGUAUGGUUUUCCAAUUGUCCAGAAAUUUUUGGAGGGAGCUUCCAGCAUUGACAACCACUUCUACUCAUCUUCAUUUGAGAAAAAUAUACCUGUACUCCUUGGUUUGUUGAGUGUGUGGAAUGUUUCAUUUCUUGGUUAUCCAGCUAGAGCAAUAUUGCCAUAUUCCCAGGCACUUGAGAAAUUGGCACCACAUAUACAACAGCUUAGCAUGGAGAGUAACGGGAAGGGUGUUUCCAUUGAUGGCAUUCCACUCCCCUAUGAGACGGGUGAAAUUGAUUUUGGUGAACCUGGAACUAAUGGCCAGCACAGCUUCUAUCAAUUAAUCCAUCAGGGAAGGGUCAUCCCUUGCGAUUUUAUUGGUGUUGUUAAAAGUCAGCAGCCUGUUUACUUGAAAGGGGAAACUGUGAGUAAUCAUGAUGAGCUUAUGUCCAAUUUCUUUGCCCAGCCUGAUGCACUUGCUUAUGGAAAGACUCCUGAACAAUUGCACAGUGAGAAAGUUCCAGAAAAUCUUAUCCCUCAUAAGACUUUUAAGGGCAACCGGCCAUCACUAAGUUUGCUUUUGCCUACACUAUCCGCGAAUGAGGUUGGACAGCUUUUAUCCAUCUAUGAGCACCGGAUUGCAGUUCAGGGCUUCAUAUGGGGAAUUAACUCGUUUGAUCAGUGGGGAGUGGAGCUAGGGAAGUCGCUCGCUUCCCAAGUGAGGAAACAGCUGCAUGAAUCCCGAAUGGAAGGAAAGCCUGUUGAGGGUUUUAACCACAGUACUUCAAGUUUGCUUGCACGAUAUCUUGCUGUUGAGCAUGAGUCUUUCUUCCUUUUGGGAGUUGUUACAGCCAUUUUGGAAAUGCUGUAG